AUAUCUUCCGAAAGUAAUCGAGUCAUUUCAAGUUCAGCCAGACUCUCACCCUUUAGCUCUAAGUUUCCUCUAGUUGCUUCUUCAAUAUUCCAUCUUAUUUUAACUAAACCUUGUUUACUUAAGGCAUACCUUGAACCGGUAGUGGCCAUGCAAGAGUCCCAAUAUAACAAGAAGUCAUCUCUUAAGUUGCUCGACCGCCUAUUCUUGCCGUUUAUUGUAGUUGUUGUUUGUGUUAUAGUUUUUGUUAGCCCGUUUUGGCUUCAAGUUUCUCUCAGAUUUUUCAUAUCAACUAUCUCUAGAGUGAUUACUUACAUGUCAACCCCCAAGGUCUUAUUCCUUCUCACAAAUAUCAUCGUGAUCACCCUCAUUGGAGAAUCAAUGUUUUCUAGAUCAAGAUCUGUUCUUUCAACUAGCGAGUUACGCAAAGAGUGCAUAACUGUAAGAAACAAUUCUUGUGACUUGUGGUCUUGUGCAAACAUGAAGAUGGGAAUCGGAUGUCAACAGUUAACAAAAGAGAAUAUGGAUAGACCGAGACACGAAGAUGGUAAAAGGCGUAAGCUUAGUCCGAUGCAGAUGGAUUCACUACACCAGAGAGCUGAUGAUCUGAUCGCUCGUGUGAACAGACGGAGGAGGCUUGAAACUGGGAUUUUAAAUAGCCACAUAGACCAUAGCCGUAUGUCAUAAUAAUUACAUGGACAAAUGUGCGUAUAAAGUAUUGUUUGUUAUCGCGAAACUAAGUAUUGUUUGUUAUCACGAAACUAAUAUUCAUCAUAUCUUGAAAAACAAAAUAAGCAUUCUCUCCAACUAGCAACCUCAUCAACGUGUAUUUUCAUUUAAUCAUCAAGUAUAAAAUUCAGUUUAAAUUUUAUGUGCAUAUAACACGUUUUAGAGAUAAAAUUUUGCUAUGCUCCGUGCACACAAGUUUGACUCCGGGGCUUGCAUUCUUUCUACUCUCGGUUCUGCUACCGUAUAAGUAAUUAAAAUAGCGACCGGUGAUUGUGGUGGGGUGGUAAGGAGGCGGGUUUGAAACGCUAACACGACCCGACUGCGUAAAACUAAGUCACAAUUAUCCUGGUUACUUAACACGAAUAUAGGUCAAUGCUUUAGGGUUCAUUUGAAUGUCUGGAGGGUCUAUCCGUGGAUUGCACUUCGCUUUAAGGAUUAGUCUUACCCUUUCCACGGGCCUGGGAUACCAUCAAGUUAAUCAAAAAAACAAAAAUUAAAAUAGCUUCUGAGAGGUCCAAAAAGGAGUUAGUAACAUUAAUGUAAAUAAGUUAACGUGAGUGGUGAAUAAUAUGUUUUUUUUUAUACCAAAAACAUAGAAGAAUAACUUUAAAUCACCGAGUCAGUUGAUUAAGCUCGGAUACAGCACAACUACGUUUCAAUAUAUAGUAAAACUUUUUGUAAGAAUUCUUUUAUUUACUAAGUACAGUACAACCUCU